CGAAUGUCUACAAAUGGGACCGUGCGUAAGGGUAACUGCUUGCUUCUUAUAAGAUAAGAAUCAUACUGUUUAAGAUCAGCAAUGGAUCCCAUGCCUGAGUACUCCCUCUUCCUGGUCAGGAUUUUGGAAGAGUUGGACACCAAGUAUAGUAGUGUUUCAUACCAGGACCUGUGUAGAUCUUUGUGCGCAAGAUUUGAUUUGGUCCACCUUGCCAAACUGCGGAGUCUGCUCUUCUACACUGCCUGCCUGGACCCCAGCUUUCCUGCUACCUUGUUCAAAGACAAGAUGAGGUGCACAAUGGAGGACCAGCAGUCCAAAAAACUCAUGGUGGCUGCAGACAUAGUCACGAUGUUCAACCUGAUCCAGAUGAAUGGGGGGAUAGCCAAAGACAAGCUGCCAAUGGGAUACAGGCCCAAAUUCCACAAGAACCAAUCUUUUGAGUCCUGUCGGUCAGACACUGACGUGUAUAAGUAUUCUGACUGUGAUAGGGCCUACGAUUUCUUGGACACAAGGGGACAUCCCACGUCACGCGCCUCUCCCUGCCCCAAAUCAGACUGCAACAGCUGUCAGCAGUACAUUCCAACCUCCGACCCUAAUUUCCUCCUGGGAGUCAACAAGGAGAUGAAAUGCAGGGCAGCUUCACUUGACAAGCUCCAGCAUCUCCCUCAGUACUCUGGCAGCAGCCCUCCUCCUUGUGAAAUGCAGAGCACCUACUUUCCCAUGGAUAUAGACAGUGAGUCGACCACGGAUCAGGACUCUUUGCAUAUAAAUUCAGGGAUUAAAGAGACGUUCAUCUCCAACGCCGAGCCCUUCACGGUGCACUCCUGUGUGCAGAAGAGGAACAUCUUCAAGGAGGAUUUUCACAACAUGGUGGCUUUCUCUCCCCAUGUGAUCACCACAGAGUCCAAACCGAGCUCUAAGGUGAGUGGGGCAUACCUGCGGAAGGAGUCCCACAAGCCCGCCACCUUCUUCAACCACAGCUUCGAGCUGCCAUACAGCAACCCGUACUUUGAGCCCGUCAGCUCUCCCCCUCUGGACAAAAGGAGGGCCAAACAUGAAAGCUUGGACGACCUUCAAGCGUCCACUUAUUUUGGCCCCACGACAGUGACGGAGUGUGUGAACACGAAGAGGACUUCAGGGAGGCAGGGCAAGCAGCCGGCCUGGCCUGUCAAGAGCCUGAGCCUGAACGCCGAGGAGGGACCCGACUUUGAGAGGUCCUUCCUGAACGGCAAGCCGCCCAAAGACAAUCACCGACACCAUGUCAGCACCGUGGACAGCGACCAACAUUACCAGUGUGCCAAAGAGAAGCCGUCAGUCUCCUCUUCAGUGUUUGGCAUCAAGUCGAAUGGGCCCAAAACCAAAGAUGCGGGCUCUAUGGCUGGUGGACCAGGCGUGGAUAAGAGGGACGGCAUGAAACGGUUCAAAGAAAAAAGCAUCAACUGCACAUCUUUUCAGGUGGGGAACAUAGAUACCACACUAAGUGUAGGGACGCAGACUGAUAAGUCGGAGCAGAGAAAGAUAAAAGACUUCACUGGUCACAGUAAGUAUGGGGAGAGGCACUCCUUCAAACACUCAGAUGAGGACUCGGAGAUCGUUAGCGACGACAUUAGCGAUAUCUUCCGCUUCUUGGACGAUAUGAGCGUGUGCGGUUCCACCGGGGUCAUUCAGUCGUCCUGCUACAACAGCAACGGUUCCCUCUCUCAGGUGACAAAGUCUGAUGGGGACAGCUCGCCCGAACACAACACGAUCAAACUGGGCAAGUGCAGCAGCAAGCUUGACCGCCUCUUUCACUCCCUGGAGAACACGGAUGACGAGCUGAAGGCCAGUGUCUGUAAACUGGUCCUCCGCAUCGGAGAGAUCGAAAAGAAACUGGAGUCCCUCUCCGGGGUGCGGGGCGAAAUCUCCCAGGUCCUCUCCAAACUGAACAAGCUUGAUGAGAAGAUUCAGGAGCCAGAACCGAACGGCAGGCAGAACGAGACGGGUGCCGCUGAGGAGGCGCGCUCGGACAGCAGCCUCUCGCCCCGCGUCUUCCAGUGCCACACCACGGGACACCCGGUCAAAGUUGACAGCAACCCCGAGUGGUGCUGCUCGGAUGCCAGCGGAAGCAACAGCGAGAGCCUGCGGGUCAAAGCGCUGAAAAAGAGCCUGUUCACCAGGCGGUCGUCGCGGUCUCUGACCGAAGAAAACAGCGCCACCGAGUCGAAAAUCGCCAGCAUCUCCAACUCUCCCAGGGAUUGGAGGGCCGUCUCCUAUUCCAGUCACCCGGGGGAGGAGGGGAAGGAGAAGGACCAUGACAGCAAGGACCGACACAGAAAAUCCAAAGAGGCGGACAGACAGUACGAGCUCCCUCAAGCCCACCGCCCAGCCAAACCCCCGAAGGACUCCUACCUGGUCGAGCAAGUGUUCAGCCCUCACCCCUUCCCGCCGUCUGUCAAGGCGCACAUGAAGGGCAGCCCCCUGUACACAGACAUGAGGCUGACCGAACUUUCGGAGGCCAAGAGGCCGCAGCCCUCCUGGACCAUCGAGGAGUUCAAACGCAAUUCAGGAGACAAGGGCAAGCUCGCUGCGCUGGACCUGCAGACACAGGAGUCGCUGAACCCCAACAACCUGGAGUACUGGAUGGAGGACAUAUACACGCCGGGCUACGAUUCGCUGCUGAAGCGCAAGGAGGCGGAGUUCAGGAGGGCGAAGGCGUGCAAGAUCGGGGCGCUCAUCGCCGCUGCUGCAUGCACGGUGAUCCUGGUCAUCGUCGUCCCUAUUUGCACUAUGAAAUCAUGAGAUGUUACAACAUUCCCCGCUCCAUGUUCAGUAUGGAUGUAAAAUGCCACAGUUGUUUGUCCUACGAUACACACUGUAUAUAUAGAAAGUACUUAUUAUG